GCCGCCAUGGGGCUCCGCUCCGACCAGCUCCUCGUCGUUGUCUCUAUCCUGGAAGGACGGCAUUUUCCUAAACGUGCCAAGCAUACUCUUGUCGUAGAAGCAAAAUUUGAUGGUGAACAGCUGUCUACUGAUCCUGUGGAUCACACAAACCAGCCAGAGUUUGCCACUGAAUUGGCUUGGGAACUCGAUAGGAAAGCACUUCAUCAGCACAGGCUGCAGCGAACACCUAUCAAGCUCCAGUGUUUUGCCUUGGAUCCUGUAUCUUCAAGAAAGGAUAGCGUAGGCUACAUUGUAUUAGAUUUAAGAGCUGCCCAAGAAAAGAAACAGGCACCAAAAUGGUACCCCUUGCUCAGUAACAAAUAUACUAAAUUUAAAUCUGAGAUACAGAUAAGCUUGACAUUGGAAACUGAUACGAAAGCACCUGUGGAUGUUUUUAGAGCAAAGGAGGCACCUCCUAGAGAAGGGAAAGUACCUGCUCUUCUUUCUGAGCUAGACCCUAAAACUAUUGUACCAGUCCUAAAUGAAGAAGAGGGCUAUCAUCAAAUUGGACCAGCAGAAUAUUGCAGAGACUACUUUGUUUUGUCUGUAACUAUUGCAUUUGCUACACAACUGGAACAGUUGAUUCCUACUACAAUGAAACUUCCAGAACGACAGCCUGAUUUUUUCUUCUACUAUUCACUACUGGGAAAUGAUGUCACAAAUGAACCUUUCACUGAUUUGAUCAAUCCAAAUUUUGAACCAGAGAGAGCAUCAGUUCGAAUACGCAGUAGCACUGAAGUCCUUCGAGUUUACCUUUCUGUUCAGCAAAAAAUACAGAUCCAUCUUUGCUGUGGGGACCAGUCUCUUGGAAGCACUGAAAUACCACUAGCUGGUUUGUUGAAGAAAGACAUUAUAGAGUUUGAACAUCCUCUGGCAGUUGAAGAGGCAUUCAUCCUUGUUCCCCCAAAUCGAGCCAAGCAAAAACUGCCACUGUUGCCUUCUGAUCUGGCUCCUACUGUUGGGGUAUCUGUAACCUUACAAAAAGAAAACAUGCACUCACAGCCUUUGCUUCAGUUUGACACUCAGACUGAGCCAGAACACUCGCAGAGAAGAGUAGGUUCCCCUACAAGGGAAGGAAGCAGCAGCCCAGAACACAGAUCCCAGAAUGCACCAAAUAGCCAGUUCCCUCCCACAAAGGAUGAAGCAACAGAAAGUGAAGCAGAAAGUCUUCAGUAUGACAAGGGCACAAAACUAAAUAAAAAAGCUUUGACUUCUCCAACACCUGUUUCUCAGUCCAACCCUCAGCCUGCAUCCAGUGCUUCUGAGUCUACUUCAGCACAAAAAAUCAUAGUACCCGCAGCAUCGCAUCAUUUUUGCUUUUCAAUAGAUUUACAGAGUAUUCAUAAUCUAGAUGUCGGAUUUCCAGUCAACUGCAUGUUAAGGUACUCAUAUCCCUUUUUUGGUAGUGCAGCUCCGAUUAUGACACAUCCUCCUGUAGAAGUGAGGAAAAACACGGAAGUCUUUCUUCCUCAGUCGUAUUGUGCAUUUGACUUUGCAACUACACCUCAUCAGCUUCAAGAAACUUUCCUCAGAUUACCACUGUUGGUUGAAUUGUGGCACAAGGAUAAAAUAGCUAAGGACUUACUUCUAGGAGUGGCAAUGUUGCAGCUUUCAAAUGUUUUGGCCUUGGAAAAAACUCGGUUCUUAGGUACUAAUGGCGAACAGUGUUGGCGUCAAACUUGCAGUGAAAGAAUCGGUGUGAUAGCAGCCCAAGGGGCAAGCAACAGGAUAGCAGAACUUUCUUACACUGUAACUCUGGAGGACUAUGGACUUGUGAAAAUGCAUGAAGUUCUGGUGUCAGAUUCUUCUCAAUGUUUAGGUAAGCAGCAGCCGAUCCAUCUACCUCAGCCUCCUCGUGUCCCAGAAGCCCAGACAGAGCCACGAGAAACUCUUGAAUACAAAGCAGCACUUGAAUUAGAAAUGUGGAAGGAAAUGCAGGAGGACAUGUUUGAGAACCAGCUAAAAAAGAAGGAGCUGGCUCACAUGCAAGCACUUGCAGAUGAGUGGAAAAAAAGGGAUAGAGAGAGAGAAGCAUUAGUAAAGAAAAAGGUUGCAGAAUAUACAGUUCUGGAAGAACAACUUCAGAAAACUUUGAGAGACUUAGAAAAGCGUGAACAACAGCUUGUCGGUGCAGAAGCAGAGCUUCAAAGAGUAAAGAAAGAGUUGCAAGCAGAACAUGAACGAAACGUUCAAGAACUUCAGGAUUCAGUGCGGCGAGCCAAAGAAGAAUGCGCUCAUCAAGUGGAACUAGAGAGGUCAAAGAUCAAACAGCUGGAAGAGGACAAGAUCCGCUUACAACAGCUGCUUUAUGAAGCAGAAAAUAAGUAUAAGAUAUUGGAGAAGGAGUUCCAGCAGUACAAGGAGCAGCAAAGUAGCAAACCAGAGAUUCGGCUACAGUCAGAAAUAAAUCUUCUUACUUUAGAAAAGGUACUCAUGGAUUUCACUUUUUUUUUUUUUUUUUUAAGCA